AUGUAUCGUGUUCCACUCCGGCAAUCGCCUUCAGCUGGUGGCCUAUGGAGCUUGUCGGUACCUGGAAUAAGGGAAGACAGCCCACAUAUCGAGAUGGGCGACGUGUUACAGAUACGACAACUGUAUGUUGACGGAGCAGGAGCUAUAAUGCCCAUGCCGGUGUAUGUAAAUGACGACCAGUACUGGUAUAAGGGAAACCCUUCAGUCAGCUUCAAGUCCUGGACGGGCAUACAACACGACGGUGCAGUGUUUGGUAUCAACCGUGCACAGGAAACAGUCUACAUCAAGGCAGACGGCCUAGGUUUUCCCGAUCCUAGCAUACCGCCUAUGCCCAUGUUCGCCAAUGUUGUUAUACCGCUCAAGUUCAACAUCAUCAAAAGCCAGCGAAGAGCUUUGGUGCAUCUCAGCUCUGAGCUGAAGCACAUCAGCCUGGCCCUUCGUACAGAUGCUUCUGGAUCUCUGGAGAAUCAUUUCGGCGAAUCGCCCGGCACGAAGUAUGCCACCCUCCAGAGAGAGACUGCUGAGGCUACAUCUGGUGAUCAUCAUAAUGACUGGAGUCUUCGAAUGCUGUUUCCUGAAGAAUCACAUGGAGUACGUCAAACUACAUUGCGCAAAGUUCCGCAUCGCGAACUGUACGAUAGAGCCAUCAACUAUGAGCAAGCCCAUGCUGUCAAUGGUAUAUGCAAUAACACGUAUGGCGUUCUUCCAUAUUUGAUUAGCGGGCCACCAGGCACGGGCAAGACGAAGACACUAGUUGAGACGGCGAUGCAGCUGCUGGAGACUUCAAACGUCAAUCACCUGCUCAUAUGUGCUCCGUCGGAGGCUGCCGCAGAUACAAUCGCUUUGAGACUGAAGAGUUACCUUUCAAGGAAGCAGCUUUUCCGUCUCAACCGACCCGGAAGAGCUGAUAACGAAGUACCACGGGAGUUGUUACAAUACUGCCAUAUCGAAAACGACAUGUUUUCUUUACCGUCUUUCAAGGACCUUAUGGCUUUCGACAUCGUGGUAGCCUCUUGCCAAGAUGCUUCAAUCCUGGCAGAAGCAAGGAUGACCAACAACGAUCUCUGGACCAUGCAGAAGGCUAUGUUCUCGGCGUUCAAUCCGAGGGAAGAAAUGCCUACCCCGCCGCUGCACUGGACAGCUUUGCUCAUAGAUGAGGCAGCUCAAGCUACUGAACUUGACGUUCUGCCAGCCAUCAGCGUUGUAUGUCCACCUUCCACGUAUCCAGAAAAGUCACCUCAACCACGCUUCGUGAUGGCAGGAGACGAGAACCAACUCGGCCCCCGAACAGCAUCCCGCGAUACCCGAGUUACCAUGUCGCUAUUCGCCCGCCUUUUCAAGCGACCACUAUAUAAUGAUCACCCCCUCUCACGGUCCAAGGUAAAACCUUCAUCUGGUCCACCAGUCCUGAAGCGAUCGAUGCUGCCCAUCACAUACCCACCCUUCACAUUGCUGAUCCGAAACUACCGUUCCCACCCUGCAAUUCUCAGCGUGCCAAGCGCUAUCUUUUACCAAAAUACGUUGAUUCCCGAGGUCGUGAUACCAAACACACCACUCCAGCAAUCGGACAUCUGGCGCGGACGUAGGUGGCCCGUUCUCUUCGUCCCGCAUGAUGGAACUGACGAGAUUGAACGUGAUGGCGGCGGCUGGUACAACAUCUCCGAAGCGAACAUAGCCUGCGAUAUUGCGCAAACCUUGAUAUACUCUUCUUCCGUGAAGCAACCGGAUAUCUGUAUCAUGUCGCCAUUCGCCGCGCAGGUCAGACUAAUGCGUUCGUUGAUCCGGUCUUCCAAGUAUGGCAAUGGUUCAGGUCUAUGGGACGUGAAUAUCGGCCCUUUGGAAGCGUUCCAAGGCCUCGAAAAACGCGUCGUGAUACUAUGUACGACGAGAACGAGGAAGAGGUUUUUGGCGAAGGAUAACAGUAUGGGUGUGGGUAUCAUUGGAGAGAAGAGGAAGAUGAACGUUGCUCUCACGCGAGCAAAAGAAGCUUUGGUCGUAAUUGGCAACCCCGAAGUAUUGGAGCAGGACGCAAAUUGGCGUCAGUGGAUGGCCUACUGCUGGAGGAAUGGACUAGUUCGUGAUGACGAGGGCAUUUGGGCUGGAUGUAAGAAUGAGUUUGGUGUGCCCAAAUUUGGUGUGCUUGAGAGAGCACUUAUGGCGAAAGAAGAUCAAGGAAAAGCCAACGGGAGGGUGCUGGGUGCUGGUCACGAGACGAACGAAGACUAUGAUGCUUGGGUGGAGAGUCUCAGGGAGGCGCUUGAGGAAGACGAUGAAGAAGUAGAAGGAGAGGAAUACGAGGAAACGGAAGAAGCUGAGUAUGCGCCUUGA